AUGUGGGACGGGAACGAUGGAAAGAUGGCUGCGGCUAUGGUACAAAUGUCAUGUUUGUACCGAGGGAUGUUAGCGGUCAGGGCCACCGGCAUCAGGACACUGAUCCCCGGGCUGGUGCCGAUGCAGUUCCGAGCCUUCUCCGUGCGGAAGGAGCCGGAAUUGGAGGAGAACCCGUUCUACAACAAAUACCAGGACAAGAUCCAGAAGCUGCGCAGUGCCAAACCGCAGGAGUACAAGGCUCGGCUGGAGACGCGUCAUGAGGGCAAGAAGGAACUGCUCGGACACUCUAAGCAGGCCGAGUUCGUCCGGCUCAUGGAGGAAGAGUUUGAGAAAAGGGACAUGAUGGCAGCAGGAGAUGGAGCUUCAGGAGGUUUCACUAAGAACAAGACGCUGGGCUCCAUCCUGAACUUGGAGAUGAUCCAAGAGAAGUCGGGGGAGGAAAUUUCAGAGCUUUGGAUGAAAUAUUUCUCAACCAAGGACACAAUCAGCGCCGUCAUCCCGACACAGAUCUAUGAGCUGAUCAUCAACAGAUCCCAGUCCUGCCCAAUGUUUCUCUACGCGUUGCCUCAGAAGGAGGGGUACGAGUUCUUCGUGGGUCAGUGGAGCGGAAACGAGUUGCACUUCACCUCCCUCAUCAACGUGCAGACUUUGGGUGAGAACGCUCCCAGCCAGCUGAUCCUCUACCAUUACCCCGAGCUGCGGCAGGAGAAGGGCAUCGUGCUCAUGACGGCCGAGAAGGACCCGAAGUUCAUCACCGUCCACCAGGCCCAGUGCUUGGCCAAUCAGGUGCAGCUGUUCUACGGCACGCAGCGGCAGGAGACGUACCGGCUGGUGGAGACGUUCAACCACCACCCGGCGGACUUCAAGCACAUGUCGGUGAUCGCGGAGCUGGAGCAGAGCGGGCUGAGCUCGGCUGGCGGCGCCCCCUGAGGACGGCGGGCAGGAAGUGCCGUCAGGUCGCCGUUUCCCCCACCGGGACGGACGAGCGCUUCAUUCUGGGUUCAGUGUUUGACUGGAGGACAAACUGCUUCUUUGAACUGAAAAGAUCCUUCAUAAGGAGAUCGACGUCCCGAUCCCUUCGGGUGUGAAUAAAUGUCUCUGUACUCGGUUGUGCACAUCAGACUGAACCACAUGGAUUUAAAUUCAUCCCCACAAAAUGCACACAGCAGUAAAUACACCGUCUUCAACACCUCAUAGCUUUAAAUCAGUCAAGUUUAAUGCUUCUGAAAUUGCAAGAUAAUUUCAGACAGGUUUUGUCUGAAAUCUUUUGGAAGCAGGUUCGCAGCACAGUGGCAAAGAGUCAUACAUCAAUUAAAUGGAGAAUUAUUUAGCAUAAUGUAGAUGUAGUGGUUUCAAGCCUUUCUGUCUCUUAAAGCUCGGGUCGACGAUCUUGGAAAACUAGCAUGCAGCACGAAUGUAGCAUCUCCCCAAGGCUCCGCCCAGCUCCCGCCCCGUUGGAGGAGCUCCCGUUGGGAGUGAACGCACUGGACGCG